AUGCGCCGCGUCCUCCGGCUGCUCCUCGGCUGCUUCCUCACCGAGCUGUGCGCCCGCGUGUGCCGGGCGCAGGAGCGAGCGGGGCACGGGCAGCUGGCGCAGCUGGGCGGCGUGGUCGUGCUGGCGGGGGGCAACCGCUCCGGGGCCGCCUCCGGGGAGGCCGGCGAGGGCGCGGGGGUCUCGGACGCGCCGCCGACCCGGGCGCCCACGCCGGACUUCUGCCGCGGCUACUUCGAUGUCAUGGGCCAGUGGGACCCGCCGUUUAACUGCAGCUCGGGCGACUUUAUCUUCUGCUGCGGGACUUGUGGCUUCCGGUUCUGCUGCACGUUUAAGAAGCGGCGACUGAACCAGAGCACCUGCACCAACUACGACACUCCGCUCUGGCUCAACACCGGCAAGCCCCCCGCGCGCAAGGACGACCCCCUGCACGACCCCACCAAGGACAAGACCAACCUGAUCGUUUACAUCAUCUGCGGGGUGGUGGCCGUCAUGGUGCUUGUGGGCAUCUUCACCAAGCUGGGGCUGGAGAAAGCGCACCGGCCCCAAAGGGAGCACAUGUCCAGGGCCCUUGCAGAUGUCAUGAGGCCACAGGGCCACUGCAACACUGACCACAUGGAGAGGGACCUCAACAUUGUGGUUCAUGUCCAGCAUUAUGAAAACAUGGAUACCAGAACCCCCAUAAAUAAUCUUCACACGACCCAGAUGAACAACGCGGUGCCCACCUCCCCCUUGCUCCAGCAGAUGGGCCAUCCACAUUCGUACCCCAGCCUGGGCCAGAUCUCCAACCCCUAUGAGCAGCAGCCACCGGGCAAAGAGCUCAACAAGUAUGCCUCCUUGAAGGCAGUCGCCGACAAGGUAAAUGAUGACUUCUCCUCCAAGCGACGGCACCUGGCCGAGCUGGCCGCCAAGGGGAACCUACCUCUGCACCCAGUGAGAGUGGAUGAUGAGCCGCGGGCCUUCAGCCCUGAGCAUGGCCCUGCCAAGCAGAAUGGACAGAAGUCCCGCACCAACAAGAUGCCCCCACAUCCCCUGGCCUACAACUCCACCGCCAACUUCAAGGGCUGGGACCCCAACGAGCAUUCCCUCCGGCGGCAGGCUUAUGGUAACAAGGGCAAGCUUGGCACAGCUGAGUCGGGCUCCAGCGACCCCUUGGGGACUCGCACCCAGCACUACCCACCCCCACAGCCAUACUUCAUCACUAACAGCAAAACAGAAGUGACUGUCUGAGCUUUCACUACAGGGAGCAUCCUGGAGACCAUACUCAACUGAGAGAGGCAAAAAAAUACCCCUGGCCCACACCCUCCCUGUCCCUCCCACCCCCGACAUGCUCCCCCACUCCCUGACUCCCCGUUCCAACCGACGAUAAACCUACUGGUGACGCAGAAUCACGCUUUUCUUGGGUCAUGCCGAACACGUGUCAGCGGGCAGCUGAGCAAGACGGAAGCAGGGACAUUCAGCAAUACAGCGAAGGAGAAACUGAGGCACGGCUCUUUCGACUUCAGGCCCCAGGUGGCCAACUCACACGCCCACACCGUGGGGCUAAUUUUUCUUUUCCUCCUGACUUACAACUGAACUCCAUGAUGAAAAAUUAAAAGUAGCACAACUUAGAGAAAUUGUCCA